AUGUCAACAACAGCCCUAACCCUCGCCCUCCUGACCUCCCUGGGCGGCACAAUCGGCUACCUGCGCACGGGCUCGGUGCCCUCGAUCGCGGCGGGCCUGACCGUCGGGCUGCUGUACCUGGUGAGCGGGCUGCGGCUGCGCGCGGCGCAGCCCUACGGCGCGGAGCUGGCGCUGCUGGCCUCGGUGAUCCUGUCGGGCAGCUCGAUCCCGCGCGCCAUCCGGACAGGCGGCAAGCCCGUGCCCACGGUGUUGAGCUUCGUGGCGGUCUAUGGGGUGUGGGUUUUUGGGGGGUUGGUCUUGAACCAGAAAUGA